AGCAGUUUACUCUAAACGCACACUAUUAUCAAAGUGAACCUUGUGCGCACACUAAUGCAAUUCAAAACAAAAGCUGCUAGUCUGCUAAUGUUAGGUAACCUACUCAAGUGACUGUUUUUUUUUAACCUGGCACAUGAAAUACAGAGAGAGAGAGAGAGAGAGCUAGUGUGGUAGUUGCUGAGCUAAAACACGUUUGUCACUUAAAUACCUGUUUAUUUAUUCGUUGUGUGUCUUUGAUGCAUCUGUCUCGUUGCACUGAUUGAAUGCAAUUUAAACACCGACCUUGGCAAGUUAACGUUACACAACGUGGAAAACUUUGCAUGCCUUGCCUACAGCUAACGUUAGUUCUGAGGGAUGACAUAAAGCAGCAAAUUCGUGCUAAUGAAGCACUAAUUAUAUUCAAAGCGAUGUAAAAGCGUGGAGUGGUAAUGAGUUUGAUAGUAUAGCUGCGUAUCGGUUCAUCUGUUGCAGUAAUUUCCAACUGCGACAUCAUCCAGGCACAGAAUAUCGCUUCUAACAGUUAGUUUUACCAGCACUUUUAAAGUUACUGCGUUAGAGAUUGAGCUGACUUCUCUAACCAAAUACUGUAAUGUCAGAGAUGUACUGAACUAAUUCAUAAUAAAACGUACAGUACAAGUGGUUCAUAUCGGAUACUUGUUUUUUUAUGUAUGUGUGUGUGUUUGCGGUAUUACUUUAUAACGGGAUUCUUUGAUAAUAUGACCAAACAUUGUGGAAUUAUAUAAUGUUUAAUAGAUCGUUAGUUUAUAUACAUUACAAUAGUUACAAUGUAAUUAAACUUUCAUUCAUGUUUUAGCACAUAUGUGCAUAUUUAAAUAUACAUAAAGACAUUAUCUAUUAUGCAUUUGCUUAUUUUUCUGUAGUGUUUAAUUGUAAGUGAAAGUAAUUAUUUUAUUAAAACUAUUUUUCUUUUUCUUGUAGGCUACUUGUUAAUCUUCUGCUUUCGUGAUAAUAAAUGUUAUCCUUUUUACAUUAUGGUCUGCACAAAUUGUGCAUAUUAAGUGUUUUACCUGAUGGAGGCCUUUAUGUUUUCUAAAACCUGAUGAUGAAAGUAAAACUUUAUAAAUGCUUUAUUAAAAACCUAAUAAACUGUAAUAACCCUGCUAUAUCGGGUAAAUUGAACCUUAUCAGUAUUGUUUAACACAAUGCCCUUGUGGGUCAUAUAGGAGAGAGCGUGUGACUCUGACAUGAAAGCACAUUGUGCUGUUGGUAUGUUGAGAAUCUGUUGUAGUUUGAAUAGUUUGUUUAACAUGUCGGUUGAACUGGGCUAGGAGUUUUUCCAUCGUUCCUUAUGGACAACUAGUUAGGGCAUGUCAGACAAAGCAUGGUCAAAAGUGAAUGGCUGGUCAUAUUAAUUCUCUUAUUUUCUAGUUGUUAAGGUUGAUGUUAGGUGGUAGACCUUUAAAAUCAGUGUAAUGGUUAUCCUUGUCCCACGUUGGAAUGGCUAAUAGGUUUGCAAUGGCUAGGACUAGUUGUAUCAGAUAAUGUGUUUGCGUGGCUGUAAUGCAAUUGGUAGAAGUGGUUGUUUUGGGAACGAUGCCCUAUUGUGCAAAUUCAGGGUUGUGAUUUUCUAAUUUGAGUGGAAAUAGUAUGAGAUAGCCAACCAUGUAACAAGAUUAGACGUGAUACCCUGGAAAAAUUUCAGAACCCACUUUCUCUUUUACGUCUUUUUUCUUUUACAUACGUUCACUACUGGUCAAAAGUUGGGGCUCAGUCCUUUUUUUUAAAUACUUUAUUAAGCAAGAACACAUUAAAUUAAUCAAGUAAGAGACAGUAAAGACAUUUUCUAGAGAAUAAAUACUAUUCUUUUUAACUUUUUCUAUUCAACUAAUCCAAAAAAAAAAAAAAAAAAAAAUAUAUAUAUAUAUAUAUAUAUUUGUUUUCACAAAAAGAAUAAGCUGCAUGACAGUUUUAAACAUUGAUGUGUUUCUUGAUCUCCAAUCAUGUGACACUGAAGACCGGAGUAAUGGCUGCUGAGAAUUCAGCUUUGCCACCACAGGAAUACAUUUUAUUUUAAAAUAUAUAAAAAAGGAAAACAGUUCUUUUAAAUUUUUAUAAUAUUUCACAUUAUUACUGUUUUUCCUGUAUUUUUGCUCAGCCUUGAUGAGAAUUAGAGACUUCUUUCAAAAACAUUAAUACAUCUUACAAACUUGUGAACUAAUGUAUACAUACACACAACAUAUAUUUGCACAUUUCUAUUUUUUCCCCCUAUUUCUCUUCAUUUUUGUGUUUUGUUUGUCUUAUCAGUGCAGGAUAAAUGACUGAAAAUACGUGGAUUUGUUUUCUGCUGAGCUCCAGUAUGGAUGGCAAUGGCAAAAUCUAUAUCGUCCUAUAAUGGAUGUUUACAUGUUCAGUAUAGUCCAGAAUAGUCAUGCACCUGUAUAAUAUGUUCUUAACCGAGAUCGAUUCUGAGUCUGUGGCAUGCUGGACUUCCUUUGUACUUGUCUGCCUUUAUGUAGGUUGUACUGAUGAUAUGUUCCUUUUGUUUAAAGAAACUGGAUUGUGAUGUUUAGGUUGUUAUUGUGGUGGUGCUCAUUUCAGAGGCUGGAAUGUGUGUGCCUGUGUGUAGUUUCUGUAACUCUAGGCAGAAGCUGUGAGGCCUUGACUGUAGCCCUGUAGAGAGGCCCAUUGAAGGGGAAGUUGGCUCUGUAUGUGUGUGUAUGCGUGUGUGUGCAUGCAGACCACUGGGAUUGGACACAGGGUAGAAAGACCCCCUGUACGGAAGGAGGGAAAAGGGAGGAAAGAAGAAGGAGGAGUCAAUUACACUUUUCUGGUCAUGUGUGUGUUCUUGCCCCGUGUUUUGCAUGGACAGAGCGAGUGGUCGCAUUACGGCAAGGUGAUGGAGUCAGCUGUUAGUACAUCCACUCAAGUGCCAGAUGAGUUUGACCGUAAUGUUCCACGGAUCUGUGGUGUGUGUGGAGACAAAGCCACUGGCUUUCACUUUAAUGCGAUGACCUGCGAGGGCUGCAAAGGCUUCUUCAGGCGCAGUAUGAAGCGGAAGGCCAGUUUUACCUGUCCUUUUAAUGGAAGCUGCACCAUCACUAAAGAUAACCGUCGCCACUGCCAGGCUUGCAGACUCAAGCGUUGCCUGGAUAUUGGCAUGAUGAAAGAGUUUAUACUGACAGAUGAGGAAGUUCAGAGGAAAAAGGAGCUGAUCCAGAGGAGAAAGGAUGAGGAGGCGCAGAGGGAGGCGCAGAAGCCCCGGCUUUCAGAGGAGCAGCGCAGCAUCAUUGAUUCGCUGGUGGAUGCACAUCACAAAACCUAUGACGAUUCCUACUCAGACUUCUCACGCUUCAGACCUCCAGUUAGAGAGGGUCCAGUUACACGCAGUGCCAGCCGAGCCGCGUCUCUUCAUUCACUAUCAGAUGCCUCCUCAGACUCCUUCAGCCAUUCUCCAGAGUCUGGAGACCGUAAGAUGAAUCUGAGCAGUCUGUUGAUGAUGUAUCAAGAGCAGGGUUUGAGCUCCAGUCCAGACUCAAAGGAGGAUGAGGGCACGGGUCUUUCCAUGCUUCCUCACCUGGCUGACCUGGUUUCCUACAGCAUUCAGAAGGUCAUCGGCUUUGCCAAGAUGAUUCCUGGAUUCAGAGAGCUGACAGCUGAAGAUCAGAUUGCUUUGCUCAAGUCCAGUGCUAUAGAAGUGAUCAUGCUCAGGUCCAACCAGUCUUUCAGUCUGGAGGACAUGAGCUGGAGCUGUGGAGGCCCCGAAUUUAAAUACUGCGUCAAUGAUGUCACGAAAGCUGGACACACUCUGGAGCUGUUGGAGCCUCUGGUGAAGUUUCAGGUGGGCUUGAAAAAGCUCAACCUACAUGAGGAGGAACAUGUGCUGCUGAUGGCCAUUUGCCUGCUAUCUCCAGACCGGCCCGGGGUGCAGGACCACGAGCGAGUGGAAGCCUUGCAGGAUAGAAUAUCUGAGGUUCUGCAGGCAUACAUCCGUGCGCAUCACCGUGGGCGUCUGCUCUACGCUAAAAUGAUCCAGAAGCUGGCGGACCUACGUAGCCUAAACGAAGAGCACUCCAAACAGUACCGCUCCCUUUCUUUCCAGCCCGAACACAGCAUGCAGCUGACCCCUCUGGUCCUGGAGGUGUUCGGCGGACAGGUCACUUAGCAACUUCACCCGAAUCGGAACAAGACGUGCGGGUCAAACGGCGUGACCCGGAGGGUUGUGGAGUGAAUGUACGGACAAUCACCUUAAAACGCAUACAGAGUUUCCAGGACGAAGUUUGUGAGUGGUGUGUGUGUGUGUGUGUGUGUGUGUGUGUGUGUGUGUGUGUGUUUAAGUGUAUCCCUCAUCAUUUACAGAUCGGCUAGGGCCAUAGAUGUUUCUGUUUGUUGUAUGUAAGGAGGACAUUCUCAUGAGAAUGUAAGAUGGUCAUGGUGUUUUUCACUGUGGCAAAUCGAUACAGUAUAUUUUACUGUAUUAUCCAUAGCCAACAGUAUUACACUGCAUGUGUAGGAUGAGUGUGUGAGGUGUGUGGUCCUGUUCUAAACCUCUGCAUGGUCCCCAAAGCGCUGUCCACUACUGCUGAUGUCCUGUCUCUUCACCUCCUGCCUUUAAAUGCACAGGGUUAAAAGUACUAAUGCAAGCACACAGCUCUAACUCACCCCCUCGCCUAGCCACUUAACCAAUCAAACGGCAGCUCCGCCCCCCCUUUCCUCUGCCUCCAGAGCUCUGAUAGGUCGCUGAACAAUGGCUGUCUUCUCUACUGUUAUUUGCCUGUGCUGUGAUUGGCCAAUAACCUGACGCCUCUGCAAAGUGGUCAGUGCAGCAUUAGCGCUUGCCACUCAGCUAACAUGUAAAUAAGACUCGGUAUCUAUAUUCGUACCUUUUCAAAUCAGUGUAAAUAGAGUUUGAUAUAAGCGCUUCUUGUGGCUAAUGGUAGAAUCUAGCAGAGGGAGACCCUGCAGCCCUGGCUGGUUAUGAUGAAUAUGUAAACGAAGACUGCGGUCUAACUAUGCGUUUAUGCAGACAUACAGGAAUAAUGGAUUAUGUUUUAAAGAACUGAGAGCAUUCUUUACAAUGUUGUGAAGUCCUAUAGGUUACAUAUUUCUCAACUCUUGCAUUCCAUCACUGUUUUUUUUUUUCUUGGAAACGCUUUUCUUUUUCAGAUUACUUCAACUAAUUACAUUUUUCCCUAACAAAGUUUUACGCUUCGUUAGCUAUCAUGAAAAAAACCCUGAAUGAUUUUUAUCAUGAAUUUAAAAAAAUUUAUAGCACAUUUCACACAAGAGUUACACUGCUAAAAUAAAAAUGACUGGGUCAUAUUUCAACCCAAAAGAAAAUUUUAAUUACUCUAAAAUGAUAAUGAAUAUCAUCCAAUUAUGUGUUCUUUACAUUUUAAAUAAUAUAUAUUUUUCUCUUCAUAUUACGUUAAUUAGUAUAUCGGGAGACUCUGUUUGUAUUGCUUUGAUUGGGAAAUAAAGACUUAUUUGGUUCUCACGUUUUUAAAAUAACACUAAAAGCAGCCUGAUUUUAAUUUUUAUCAUCAGUAACUGCAAUUUUUACAUGCUACCUGGGAAUAUUUGAUAUUUUGUUGGCACAGGGAGGUUCUUCAAAGCAUAUUCUAAUUAUAGCAUAACACAACUCGGCACUUUUUUUUUAUCUAAAUGGUAAUUACAGACACCUAAUACCAUGUCAGGCAUGGUAUAGACAUUUUUGUUUUUUUAUAUAGACAUUUUUUUGCAUGUCUUUGGACACCAUGUUAAUGCCUGCAUUGUGUCCUCUAAACCAAACACAACUGCCUUAUCUUGGCCUCAUCUGUUCACAGUUCUUCAUUUUAAUUGACCUUUUUAUGCUUUUUGAGUAUAUAAGAGUCCUUUUCUCCACUGUGGAUAAUAUCUGUAAGUGAUAUUUGCGAGACUGUCAUCAAGGCCUCCUCAAAUCGCUUUAGAGGGCUGAUAGCAGAGCGCUAUCUCUGUUGCUCGUUCUCUCCGGUUUCUCCACAAACUUUUUUUUGUUUUUUUUUUAAUCACGUCUGAUUCGUAUGAAUCUUCUUCUCAGUCAGGGCUCAGGGUCAUUAGGAAAAACUUUUCUGUGGUAUGAGAGUUAAUGAAGAUUGUCUGUAGGUGUGAGUUUGGUGUUGGAACUGGGUCGACGAUUUAAUGAUCAUGUAAGCUGAAUUUAACUACCUGGAAACUGCGGUCGCUCAGAAGGGCGAGCGCAGUGCGCGUGUGUGUCUGUGUAAGCGUGCGUUUAUGAAGUGAGGGCGAUGUAUAGCAUUUACACCAAGUAUAUUCAUAUAUGAUUGGGUGUCGCAUAUUCGGCCUAGCCUUGAUGGGGAAUGUGUGUUUGUGUGGGAAGGAGAAAGAGUGAGAAGGUUAUCGUUUCCUCAGUAUAUUACUAUUAAAUAACUUAGUCAUGGCACUUAAGAUUUAAUGAUAUGGAAGGUUUGCUAUAUAUAUCUAUGAGUAUUACUUUGCAAAUGUAAAAGAUUAAAAUAUUUUCUUGUAGACUAGUUUUGAUAUUCUGGUAUCAGUGUACAGGUGGCGGCACAGGGCAGAGGGUUGUGUGUGUAUGUGUGGGUAGAUAUUAAAAUAUAGGAAAGUACGACUGAAUGCUAACCUCCUGCCCAGUGCGGCAUAUAUAUAUAUACACAUAUAUAUAUAUAUAUAUGUAUGUAUGUAUGUAUGUGUGUGUGUGUGUAUGUAUGUAUGUAUAUAUAUAUAUAUAUAUAUAUAUAUAUAUAUGUGUAUAUAUAUAUAUAUAUAUAUAUAUAUAUAUAUAUGUAUAUGUAUAUGUGUGUAUAUAAUAUUUUUCUUCAUGAUCUUAUUGCUCUCUUUGACUGUCUAUUUUAUCGCCUUCAUGCCUUCUCUCUAUACUAAGCUGCUCAGUACUUUGUGGGAUGAGGGUGUACACUCAAUUUUAAACUGGAAAACUAUGAAAUCUUCCAGUCUUGAGCAUUUUUGUAAUCAUUCACUUACUUGUUUCGUUCUGAUUUUGUGAUGAACGAGUGAGAAUAUCCCUACAGCACUUACCAUAAAUGUAGAUCAGACAAACCAGGACAACAUGUCAUGUCUAAACAGUUGCAAAAUAUACAAUAUGCAUGGUGGUGAUGAUGAUGAUGGCGAGACAUGAGAAAGACGAAGAUGAAAUUGAUGUUGGUCUCUUUUCCGAGUCCAAAAUGUAACCAUAACAAACUACCUCUCUGGGGAACAGACACAUUUGAUUUGUAUUUUUUUAUGAUUCAUGUUUGUAUUUAUUGCUGUGCAGUGGCUCACAUGGACAACCCAGUACCUCAUAUAUGAAUAUCACUUAACAACAAAGACGCCUUAACAGCUGUUUUAUCAGAUUUUUUUAAACUAUUAUUAUCUGUGUGUACAGUAUUUGUAUCUUUAGCUUUCUUCAACACGUUGAAACAUUCACAUACAUGGACGGACGGACAGACAGACAGACAGACACACACCUCCACUCGAGAGCUGAGAGCUGUUAAGGCGUGGUCACUUCCAUGAUUGACAGUGUUCAGUUGCUGCUGGGAUUGGUUGGCCAUCCUCAGGCCCCUCCCCUUCUUUAUUCUGACUGCUCAGUUGGAUUUUGCUGCUCCACAAAAAUAAUUACACAAAACCUGUCAGAGCAUGGGCUUCUCUCUUUUUCUCUUUUUGAACGGUGACGUGUCAAGCGAACGUCAUCUACUCUGCAAAUCACACUUGCUCAAACUUUACCUCAUACAAAAACACAUAUUAUACGCUCUACAGUCAAUACCUCAUGCCAGGUCAAUCCUAAAAUGGAGUAGAUGAUGGAUUGCAAUUGAUGACAGAGUCGUCCGUGACAAAGAGAAAAUGAAGAGAGACGUGUUCUUUACCUCUUCUCUUCUGUCUGGGCACCAUUGGACAGGAGAUCAAUAGAAAGUUUGUGGCACUAAAUGGCUCAUAAGUGCAGAAGCACUUCUGUCUCUGAUUGAAUGGGUACCAUAAGGAAAACUGUAAUACAAAUGCUAGCUGUUUACAGGCUAACAGUAGUAUGCCUGCUCACCAGGACAAAACCAGUUGAAUAUGACCAUUCAUGAAACGGUUAAAAAUGGCCUGUUUUGUUUUCUUUUUUUCUUUUACAUCAUAAAGUAUUGUAAAUUCAUGUUCCUGAUUUCAUGUAAUAUUGGUCAAAUGUUUUACAAAUCAAUAAAAGAAUAUAAU